CUCUACAAUUGCAGCAACCGCCUGCUUAUUUGGAUGGCAAUCGUCAUGAUUGCUCUUGCAGGAUUGGCUUGUGCGGGCACUUUUGGUCAAUUUUCAGGCGAUGUGGAAAUCGUGCCAGAAGUUGGCUGCAAUGAAACAUUUUCAAAAGUGGUGUAUGUCGUGCUCAUCCCCGUUUUAUGCGCCUGCUCAAAGGUCGUUGCAGAGCUGCCCGAAUCGGGCUGGCAUAUGUGGCGUUAUUUGUCUUCGAUUUAUUCAUCUUCGUCCUGACAGUGUACAGGAUUUGCAUAACCAACAGUUUUCUGCGGUUAUCUCUGAUCACUAGGAAAAACAUCAUUGAUAUCAUAUUUCGCGAUGGUGUCAUGUUCUUCGGAGUGAUGACACUGUCUAAUAUGCUGAACAUUCUGACGUACUAUAUUGGUUCGGUUGGCCUCAGAGGCAGUUUUUCCACGUUUACUAGUUGCAUGUCCGUUACUCUCAUCUCUCGGCUGAUGCUUAACCUGCACCAGACCGUCGACACUGGCACUUUCUCCACUCCGACCCAGGACGAUAGCCCUAGCCUUCCUAUCCUCACCACUAGGGUCAGCGUAGAGUCUAUGAUUUCCUCUCACUAUUAGCAGGCUGGUAUUGGAUUUUGUUUCUGGAUGCAAAAUCGCAGGGAUUCUUGCUGGGAGCGGAAAGCUGUUCUUUUAACCCUUUCCUUGAAUGCAGUACUGCUCCGCGCCGGCGGUCAUGGGUGCUUAA